AUGUCUUCAAGCACUCCUCACUCCCACGGGGCCACAACUCCUACACAAUAUACCGAUAAGGAAGAUGGUCACCAGUACCACUGCAACCAUCCUCACCAUCACUAUGAGGAACGAAACGGAAAUAUCCAGAAGCCUCACCAGUCCAUGGUGUCGCAGGUCUACAACCCUUCAUUCUUUAAAGUUGCCAACCCUGGUCCUCUGGGCUUGAUCAGUUUCGCUCUGACCACCUUUGUUCUUGGUCUUUAUCAGUGUGGUGCUGGUCUCCCUGGAUCCAAUCCAUUUGGCGGCGUCGGUCCUGAUCAAGCAAUCUUCGGCCUGGCUGUAUUCUUCGGCGGCAUUGCCCAGUUCUUUGCAGGACUCAUGGAGUUCCGUGUAGGUAACACUUUCGGUACCACCGUUCAUUGCUCUUACGGCGCUUUCUGGCUUGCCUUUGCCAUGUUCUUCGUUCCCGAUCUUGCCAUCAAGGACGCAUACAAGGGCGACGAAAAGGCUUAUAGCUUCGCCCUCGGAAUCUUCUUAAUCCUCUGGUGUUUCCUGACUCUCAUCUUCUUUAUUGCCGCUCUCAAGACCAACAUUGCCAUUCUCGUCGUUCUUGGCUGCCUGUUCCUUGCUUUCCUAUUCCUCAGCUUGGCACAGUUCCUGCAGACCAGCCACCCCAUUGCAGCAAUCCGAAUCAACAAGACUGGAGGCGCCUUUUCUUGUAUCUGCGCCUUUGCAGCAUUUUACGCAGGCUCUGCUGGUAUUAUGACUGAGGAUACGACAUGGGUUCGUUUCCCGCUUGGCGAAAUUGAUGUCAAGCCCAGGAAGACCAACAUGGCUUAA